AGAAUCCUCACCCCAUCCCAUUUUCCGUGGUGGUUAUCUGCCAUCCACAUCAUUGUACCUCUGCCUGAGGCGUCGCCGAUGACGGCAACUUGUAUCUCAGAAAAAACAAGGUUAACUCUCGCCAUCUGCUUCCCGUCUCUCCGCAUUCCCCCUAUCGCCCUCUACGCCAUAGGGCACUUGGCGCCAAAGAACGAGUCACUAGGUCACAAGGGCUACGUAGGAACGAAUUUCUAAGACAGAUAACGCGUUUGUUUGCAGUGCAUCUUACUACGGCAAUCUUGCGGGGUGGACCGGAGGCGAGGGCUGGUCCUUCUCGUUGAGUGUGAGGGAACUGGUGGGCUGGGGAAAAGGCAGGAAUUUUAUAUAAAGAGGGGUUUAGGGUCGACGGCAUCUUGAGAAACCAAGGCGAGAUCACCACACUCACUCUGAACAACAAACAAACGAUAUCCCAAGCACCCACCACAAAUGCCGAUAAUGCCCUCCCUCUUCUCCUCCCACCGCUCUUCCCCCUCCCGGCCCUCCAAAUCCUCCUCCCCGCCCCGCACCUCCUACUUCUCCCACUCCCACUCGCACUCACCGGCCCCAAAACAACCCUCGGUCAUGGAAAACCUCCUCAUCAACACCGCCCGCGAACAAGCCCGCCCGUUACCCGAAGCCCCCGGCCUGAGUCUCGUGACGACCACGGGGCAUUUCAGUAGAUUGAUUGUGAGACUGAGCCCUGUUGUGGCGGUGUGGGAGUGCUUUGAUACGAUGGUUAGGUGGAGGGAUCCGAUUAAGAGCCCGAUUUUGGUGUUGGGUUGGGUUACUUUAUGCUACUAUCCGACGAUACUAUGCAUUGUGCCGAAUCUGUACAUCAUGUAUUUGAUUCUGAGGAAUUACGUCGUCAAGCAACGAGGAUCGAUACAUUCUGAGACAUCAGGGACAACGCCGAACUGGUACGCCAGCAUCACGGUAGGAUCUGAGCAAUACGCCAAGAACAUGCAGUUCAUGCAGAACGUAAUGGCCCAAUACUGCGAUGCCUACGACGCCUUCCACGCCCUCCUCCAAAAGCUCGACUGGACCCACCCGGAACUCACCUCCCGCGUCCUCUCCUACACCGUCCUCUCGAUCCCCAUCACCUGGACAUUCUACUUCCUCAUCCCGCUCCAUUACCUCCUCAUGCUCAGCGGCAUCCUCGUCCUCCUGCGCAACACGACGGGUUUGAAGUGGAAAAGCUUGAAUGUCGCGCUGGUGGCGGAUUUGCCAAUGGGGGGGAAGGGUGGUAUACCGAUGACGUUGCCGGGAAGAUUGGCGAGGCAGAUGACGGGGGUUUUGGAUGCUGUGAGUGGGUUGGCGACGUUUGCGGGGAUUGGGGCGGAUGCCAGGCGGGCGGGGAGGGAACGACAGAUUGAAACGCAGCAGCAGCAGCAGCAGCAGGCACAGAUGCGAUCGUUGAGCGGGGAGCGUAAACGAGCCACACCGCCCAUGCCGCAACCACAACCGCCUAUGGUCGUCUCCUUGUUUGAGAAUCAGCGAUGGUGGGCUGGCCCAGGCUGGAUCUCCCACCUCCUCGCCGAAGAACGUGCCCCCUGGUCUGACCACUCCGGCGCCAUGUCCUGCCCCUCACCAGACGACUACACCUUACCGCACGGCUGGACGUGGCACGACGACGACUGGCGGUGCGAUACGAGUUGGGGGACUACGGACCCUGAGGGGUGGGUUUAUAGUGAUCAUAAGUGGAUGAACCCGACUCCGACGGCAGGGCUGGUCUCGCUCACUCGACGGCGGAGAUGGGUGCGGACGAUGGCACAGGCACGGCCGGGCUCCGCUAUGUGACCAUAUUGCUACGUCUCAGACUUUCCCCCCUUUAUAUCAGCAACCUCUCUCUUCGCAUUCCUUCAUACCCCUCCUACCUCGCGUAUAUGACCAUCCAAGACGGAUUUCAGAACGUAAUUUCCUCGUUUUUGCUUUUUGGGUCUUGGAGUCGUAACUCCUUCCUUUUCCCCUCUCUUCACUUCUUGCUGUACAAUUGUCACGCAUAUCCGUCGACUUGGACAUGAAAUAUAGGAGGGGACUUUUUUUUUUUGGGAAUAUGUAAUGCGUGAUAUGCGAACACUGUAAUGGGAGGGAGAUUUGUCUGGGUCAUUUGACAGCGCGGAAGUGUCAAUUCUUAUGUAAUGUCACCGCCGCUUCCUGUCAAUUCUACGAAAAUACCCUGUUUUGAGUUUCGA